AUGUCAAAAAUUGUGUCCGAACGAUUUAUUGUUUAUUCUGCCAACCUGAUUUUUGAAUAUACUUUAGCUUUGUCAAUAUAUGUACGUUUAUUCAUCUAAAAUUUUCAUGCUGAAAAUGUUAAAUCUCUAAAAAAGUAAAAGGAAGUUUAUAUAAGACUAUCAUAGGAUCAUAUAUUAAUUUUUACUUUAAUACAACUAAUCGUUAUGGAUUCUUUGAAUGAAGAUUGCUUAGUUCAAAUUCUACAAUAUUUAUCAUUGAAAGAUCAAAUAGCAGUUUUACUCUCUAAUAAAAGUUUAAUUGAUAUUAUUGGGAGUAUGUGGAAAACAAAAUAUAAAAGACAGUUACUUUUAAAGUUGAAACCUGAAAUGCCACUCGAAUCCCAUGCGCUAAACGAAUUUCUAUGCGUUGUACAUCAACAUAUAGAAAAUCUACAACUCGAACUUGAUUCCAAAAAUCUGAUAAAUUUGCUAAACGGAUUUAAGUUUAACAAAACAAACAACCUCUACAUAACUGUGACUUCUUCAGAGAUGUUGGAAGACGAAUUUGUAACUUCCUUACAUGAUAUUUUCCCAAACCUAAAGCAUCUGCGACCAAAUGGAAAAUUUACAGGUGCAGGCUUUGUAAUGUGGAAACAUUUGGAACAACUAACACUUAGUUCAUGUUAUACAUUUCAAUUUCACUACUUAGAGCGGAUACUGCAAGAACUACCAUUACGUACGUUAAUUUUGAAAAGUUUUAAUAUGCAGCUACCGCGUCUAGCAGAGGAUGCCCUGCAAUAUUGUACUCUAAGCGUUUUGGUGCUUAAUUCUUAUGAGUUGUCUUAUUUCACGCCACAAUUAAAGAAUUUGCACUGUUUGAAGGAGCUUAACAUCACUGAUUUAUACUCGACAGCAAAUUUGGAUUCACUCCACAAUGAGCUUGUGGAGCUACACAACACUCGGCACAUUGAGGGAAUAUAUUCAUGUGAUAUUACAGCAAUAUUUCCAAAAAUGAUUAGCUUUCGAAUGCAUACUAAUCUGAGACGAUUAAUAUUGGCCGUCGAUCCUUCAGCAUUUUCCGAAAUGCUUACUUACAUUUCUAUAUUACCUACAUUGCGUGUGUUACACUUUUAUGCAUGCUAUGUACGUAGCGAGUUGGAAUUUCAAAAAUUGUUUUUGGUCUCCGUACAUUUGGAUGAAAUAAGUUUAGAAGAUUGCAUUAUCAGUUACGGUACUAAUCCAUGUGUAGAUGUCAACGAAGUUGUCGAGAACCGUAAAAAACCACUCGCCUUCAAUUUUUAUGCAAAUAAAUUAAAUUGUUAUAGUAAAAUGGCUCAGCUGCAAUUGAAAGGUCGUAGCAAUUUGUUUAGGCUGGAUUGUGAACAAAAAUUGAUGAAACGUUGUGGCUACUUGGUUUAUGAAUUUGGCUAAGUCAAUAUAACAUACAUCAUAGGAAAAUAAGUUUUUAUAUAAAAAAUAAAAUGAAUUAAGGCUAGAAUACUUAUUAUAUUUUCCUUUGUUAUUAAACGGUAAAU